AUGUUUCGCUUGUGCUCUCUCAUCAUGAUGACAGUCUCAACAAUCGUCACGAUGACCACUGCCAUGAUGUUCUCUUCUUUAUCAUUCGGUGCUCCGAAUAUACCGUCAAUUUAUUGGAGAACAUCUCCUCUUUCACCACCAUUCUCUUCUCGGAAUGAUGUUUUGAGUUUAGUGCCACCUGGAUUUCAACAACAACGACAACAACGAAUUUUAGUGGAAUUUGAUUUAUUUGUGGAUUUAUUAUGUAGUGAUAGCGCAGCUUGGUGGACGAGUGUUUUCUCACAAUUGGAUUCGUAUUACUUUUCGAAUGCCACAAGUUCAGCACCAAUCCGAUUCAAUUUGUACUUGUUGCCACUGCCUUAUCAUACUGCCUCCUAUUUAGGUUCAAUGACCUAUGUGGGUGUGAAUCGAUACACCAAUUAUGAUCAACGUGUGUUGAAACAAAUUGUGAAUUCUUUUUUCACCAAUCAAACACCCUUGUACAAUAAUAUUGUGAAUGCCAUGACUCAACCACAAAUAAUGAAUUUAAUUUAUUCCAAUAAUAUCAAGAGUUUGAAUAUCAUUCCUCAGCAAGCAUAUUUGAAAUUGAUGAAUGAUCCUUCUAUCGACAUGAGAACAAGAACUUUAUUCAAAUUGUCGACUGCGACGGGCGUGUUUGCAACUCCAAGUUUUUAUGUGAACAAGGUUCCAGUACAGAAUGGAGAAGAUUUCAGCGUCCAAGAUUGGAUUUCGUACUUCAAUCAAAUUUUGAGUAGCAGUUAUUAA